UUGGUCAAUCCCAUUUCAGGAGGCAACACUCUACCCAAUCAGCCAUUCCGUCUGAACUGGUCAUGGAUCUCACUGGAGAGGGAGUACUACGAGGUGAAUGAGACUGAGCGGUACCUCAACAUCAAGCUCGUCCGACGUGGAUACCUUGGAGAAACCUCAUUUGUUGGCAUCCAGACCGCUGAUGGCACAGCCAUUGCUGAUGAAGAUUUCCGUGGCAAGUCCGCCCGCCAGGUGCAGUUCAACCCAGGACAGACUGAAGGAUUCUGGAGAGUCCGCAUCCUCAACGACCGUCUCUAUGAGCAAGCUGAGGUGUUUGAGAUCAUCCUCCACGAUCCCGUGAUGGGCGCCUUGGAAUAUCCCGACCGUGCUGUCGUCACCAUCUUUGAUGCAGAGGAUGAAUCUGGUGUAUUUAUCGACCUCCCUGACAACUACGUGAUCGAAGAAGACAUUGGAGAGUUCCUUGUUCCUAUUAGGCGUACUGGAGAUCUCUCACAAGAACUCAUGGCCAGCUGCUCUACCAUGCCAGGCUCUGCUACCGGAUCUGACCCAUCACCAGUCCUCUCAUUCUCUGACUACAUCAGCCGUAUGGAGGAGGACCCAGACAACAUGGUAGCCUUCGACAAGGGAGAAGACCUUGCCUACUGCCGUAUCCUCAUCAUUGACGACUCCCUCUACGAAGAGGAUGAGACCUUCCAAGUCAAACUCAGCAACCCAAUGGGUGGCAGGAUUGGAAACCCCUCAGCAAUCAAUGUUAUCAUUGCUGGCGAUACCGAUGAUGGUAAGUAUCUGUAUGGAAAACACACCUACUUCGUAGAGUAUUGACAAUCAAAAGAAACUUUGAUUUAAUGAAGACAAAUAAAAGAGAAAUGACGACAUUAAGAAUGUGCACUUAGAACAAAAGCACAAAAUAUCUGAGCAACAGAUUCAAUGACAGAUGAUUACCUUUUAUCAAGAAAAAUCAACAUAUAGCUACUAUAAAACGAACACCUUUCCACAAUUUCCUGUUAUUCUUCACUUAAAAAUUAAGAUUAUAUGCUCAUAUUUAUCAAAUUUUCUUAUGCACACUACAUGGAAUAACCUGUUUGCAACAAUGAAAGGAGGGAUUUUCCAAGUUUGAAAUCUUCAUUCUUCUGAUGGGAUAUCAUUCCAUAGUGACAGGAUGAAAGGCUUUACCUUAAUGUUGAAAGAUCUCGUUUGAUCAUGAGAAGUGAUUUUAGGGAGAAAACUAUGAAAACAUGGGCUGCGUUCAGAGGGCAAUCUCCGACUUCCAACCUGGUUCCAAAAUGAAGACCAGGCGCACAUUAUGUAUUGGAUCCUGACUCGCCAUGACAACAUAACACAAUCCACAUGUUAGGAAACAACAUUCAUGUUGUGUGGAGGCCCUCGUGUGUCACGAUUCCACCAACGGCAACCUGCAAGGCUCAAUGUGGGGUUGUCAAAAUAUGAGUCGGCCACCGCUCAUGACGCAGGAUAGGGAUAAUUAGACUAACGCGCUCACAGCAAUAUAGGUCCGUGAGGACAUCUUUAUAGGGGCUGUGCAACAUAAGGGUUCCAACUUAUUCACACGUUUAUUAUCUUCCUCAUAUUAGUUAUGAUAUAUCCCAUGAAUCACAUACAUGUACAGCCAUGUAUAUACAAUAGGAAUGACACAUUGUGAUUUGCCCCUUUUUGGAUACAAGGAUAAAGUCAAGUCAAAUAUUCAUUAAUUAUAACUUUUUGUUCAUUAAAGUCAAUAUAGAACAACUGCAUAAUGACAAUGAGUAAUCUAUGAUGUUAAACAUACCAUCAAAUUCAGAUUAAAGUUCACAAGUUAUUGAAGUUCAAAUAAAACAAAGACAAAUUCAAAAUUAAUACAAGUACAUUAAAAAAAUCAUGUAGGACUAAGUUUUUGACUGAGGAAAAAGUAGGAUUAAGAAAUAAGAAGUUUGAUAUCUGUAAUAGGCCAGAGUAAAAAAAGAAAAAAAUACAUCCACAUGUCUGAAAUUUCAAAAAAUUUACAGUUUAUGGAUGUCAACACUUUGAUGUGGCAGAUGACAAUUAUUAUCCAUUGCUGAAUUCUUUGAAUUCAAGUAAGUUUUACAAAAAACAAAUUGGAACUGAUUAAUUUCACAUGUAGGAGUACACAUACCCUUGACAUUGUUUUUCUUGUUACAAAUUAUUCUUUUAAAAUAGGUUAAAGGUGAUUGAAAGAUUUAAACACGUUGGUCAAAUACAGCAUCCCCCUGACACUCACCUAAUAAUAGAAAAAGUGUUUCUAAUUUGGGCUUUAUGACAGAGAAGGGAAUUCAGUGUGAGGGAUAAUCUGUUGCCGCUGGUGACCCCUUAAUGCUUCCCCCAUCAGAAAGCCAUUGUUAUUCCCUUCUAUCAAUCCUGUGGAUAUUUCCAUAUAUUUCAUGGCCGGCCACAGGUCUAGCCUAUACUAUUGCCCCUUCCCCUGUAAUGGCAUUGGAAGUUGCAGUUGAGUGACCUGUAGUUGCAGGAAACAGAAGUGUGACAUCAAAAAGUUUUGCCCUACAAGUUAUAUAGGAUCAAUUUACAUGACUCAUGAAAAUGAAUUUUAAAAAUGUCCCCUGAAUACAAAUAAUUAUAUUUUCUCACCAAUCAUGAUAUCAAAUUAUUGGUUUAUGAAAGGUGAUCGGCUGAUUGUAAUUUCGUUCAUUAUUUAAAUAAGCUAAUCAUAUAAAACUUGCCUGAAAUGAAUCAUUUAUGAGUCCUCACAAGUCAAAUUGCUGUAAUAGGAAACUGCUGGGUGAUGUUCAUUCUCUCUAAGAAAGUUGUCAGACUGACAUGGAAUAGGAGACCAGAAUAUUAAAAAAAAUGGAAGUCACAUUCCUUUCAAGCUUUAUAUGACAGAAAAUACUGCUGGUAAAGAAUUUGGAGUUUCCUAAUCAUUUUGUAAAGUAAUAAUACCAAGCAGCUAUAUUACAAAAAAUGUUGGGAUACCAACUCUAAUUAAACAGGAUCAUGAAAUAACUGUAAAACGGGCCUACCUAACCAAAAUACCAAUCACUUCAGUCUUACUCCCUGAAAAAAUACACUUCCUUCAAGAAGAUAAAUAUCAAGCAUAUUCAGUCCUUUAAAAGGAAUAAUACUUCGAACAAAAGGUCCAUUUAUACAACACUCUAGAAACACUUUCUGCAUUGACUUGGUCUAUAAUAACACACAUGCUUUCUCCUCCAAUGCUAACCCACAAAUCUAUCAUCAGAACCAGCUCUGUUUAUUGCCCAAAGAACAUGAACUCCCAUACCUCUCCUCAUUGUUUAUUUUCAUGCUGUCUCUUCAGUUAAUGGGCCAGACACCCUACCUGCCUUUAUUGCUGGAGCCCCUCCGGUCAUUCUUAAGGUGAAAGGUCAUCGAAGGUCAUUUGGUAGCUCUACAUUCCCACUUGGGUUCAGAAACAUAAGGAAUGGCAUGAUAUAUAUCUCCAAAAUAAGCAAUUCGAUUUUAUAAGAUGUUGAGAUGUGAAUUAUACUUUCAAAUGAACUUUUUCCAAAACAGGCCUUCCUUCGUUUUUUUUAAAAGUUCCUGAUUUUCUGAUUUAUUUGAAAUGAUCACAGGUUAAAACAAUUUGAAAAUGCACAAUAUUAUUGUGAUUAAAUUGGUAAUCAUAACAAUUCUAAUGAGUAGGUCUUAUUAGGUACAUUGGGUUAGUAUUUUAGUGUUUACAAAUCAAUUGAAUUUACAGAUAAGUUGCUUUUGCACAAAUUUCUAUUCACAAGCAAGAAAAUAAAUCAGCACACUGUUAUUUUGACACUUUGUUCAUUCAUUAUUUGUACAAUUAUCAUCACAACUACACAAAUAGCUGAUCUUUGUUUUUGCUUCCCAAAUAACAUCGCUUGUCGUGAUGAAAACCUUCCUGUCAGCUUCCCGAUAAAAGUCUGCAUCAGCCGGUUGCUUGCCGGUGAUGACUGCAUGAAUAACAAGCGCAAGAUAUCCACAUAGCAUUGUAGAGAGAUGAAAAGAUAGAAGAAUGAAAAAAAAAUACUAAGGGAAAAGGCACGUGAGCGAAAGCUACCAAUCUGCUAGAGGUC